AUGGCGAAUGUGUAUAUUGCCACAAAGGAAGUGAUGUCCAAUGCCCCGCCGCGGCUUUCUCCUGAUGUUGUGUGCGACAUCGAUGUCGGAGGAGCGAGGCCUAUCACCCGGAAGUGUCGUAAGUUGCGGAUCCAGUUCGGGAAGAAGCUGGCGGAUCUGAUUAAGGGUCUAUUGUCUGCCAAGAUGAUCCCCAUGGGCUUCCCGACCGUGGUGAUCAUCAAGAAGAAUGGGGUGGAUAUCAGGUUAUCUGGAGUCGACACUUUUGUACUGCUCUUUAGAUAUGGCGAGCGGAUUUUGAGUGGUAAAAACGACGGAUCGCGCUCGAUUGAUCUCGGCUUUUAUUACUCCCUUUGGAAUACUUCCCAGAUCUACCAACGUAUGCUCGACAACGUACUAUAUGGAUUCAACUGGAUCCCGAAGACCGAAGAUCACGGAAGUACUCAGGAUGUGUUCGAGGACGGGGAACCGGUGGAUCCAGGAAACCAUCGGUGCCCGGGCGUAGAUCAUACAUCGGCGAUAUCCGGAUCCCAGUCCAUAACUAGGAUCAACUAUGUGGUCGAGUUGAGGGACUACUUGAAGCACAGGUUUUGGGGAAUUCCUAAGGCGGAAUAUCUGGACCGUAAGGUACCUCACCUUGGACUGGAGACGAAAUCCAAAGAAUCUGUCGGUGAUGACUGA